AUGGGCAUCGGCCUUGAGUUCGGAAGCGAAGGGUCCAGGGCAUUAUCAAACAACGGCGACGACGACAACGAAGAUGAAGACGGAGCCGGAGCCGGAUAUGUGGAGGCUGCUACGCCGCAGCCUGCGCUUACAAACACCGAUCGAGACUCUAUCACGUCCGGAGACGAGUCCUCUCAAGAGGUCGAGCUUGCACCCCGAGAACCAUACGCGACUCUGCUAUCUUCGCAGGCGCAAGCAUCACAUCACUUGGGCUAUGCUGCAUCUCCCCCAAGGCUGACGCGCGUUGGCUUGGUAUCGAAUCACUUGGAUCUGAAGUCUAUCAACCAUAAUAAACCGGCACCCCAAAGCUAUACCCCCUCGACGGCUGGAAACACAGAACAAAGUCGUCAAAGCCGGCAAUCAGGAUCUGGCACCAGUGUGCAACGUGGCGCCAGCGACACCACAGUUCAGCCCAUUGAGGCGCCUUAUAUCCACCCCGCAAAUGAGAACGAGACGGCCGCUCUACCAAUAAGGACAAAGCCCAUAAGAACGGUGAAUUGGCUGCUUCCGCCUGAUACCACCAGCAAACCAGUUCGAAAUGGACCGCGGGCUUCUGAGGUCAUGGAAGACCAUGUUGUGCAUGAUACUGAGACACGGGGUUCUCGUGAACAUGAGCUCAGUACUCAAAAGCCUUCAGUACACGCGCCUCCUGUACAUGAAUCUACGGUCCAGGAGAUUGCCACUCAUCAAGCAACCAAAAGGAAGCAACCUGUCGAAGAACCCCCUGCAGGCGGGAUCGAGGGUGAUGAAGCAAAGCCAGUGAUUCACGAUGAAAUCAACGGAGGGCCUGAUGACGAAGCAAGAUAUGCGGUACUGGAGUGGAAAUCGACCAAAGUAAAGGGGUACUUACUGCUCCUAAGAGGAUUGUCACACUGGAAACAACACGCUCUUGACAAGCUCGAACGAAUGGCCGUAGCAAGGAGGCAUAUUUUGCGGAUGCGUCACUUCGACCCGUGGGAGCUGGUCACGGCCGAAACUAGGAUCCGGGGUCGUCGUGUGUUCACUUCUCGUCUUAUGGCCUCAUGGCUCAGGCGCGCUGGGGAAGACUUGGACACAGAAGAUGCAAGCUUAGCCCAUGCCCAACGGAAUAUGGCCCAGAAUGCCCUCAGACAAUGGUCAACCUCCUGCCUAAGUCCAAUGGAACCUCGUUUUCCGCCGCGCACUGUGUCCAUUCAUCUGCAACAAUGGCAUUCGGCUUGCUCAAGUUUACAGGGGCUUAGGUCGCACAUGGAGAAUCUGUACGAAGAACAUGGAAGGUUUCGGGUCUUGAGGACAUGGUCCCACCAAGCAGCGUCUCAUCUGAGAGACGUUGCUGCAUUUCGCAGAUACCAUAUCGUUCAGGGCCCUUUACACCAGUGGCAUCUUGACUCAAGGGUAGAGGUCUUCAAGUCCAAGCUGGAAAUCAAGCUCGUUCGCAGCUGCUUGUCGAGGUGGCAAAGCGCGUGCAUGGCCCCACCGAUAUUCGGCCAGAUCAACGCCCUCAGCCGCGGGAUUGCUGUGGAUUCUGUGUCCGGCAUGGCCUUGCCUAGACCGCGGCGAGGCGUGACAUCCCUCAUGGCCAUAUCAGAUCGUCUGCUGAAGACCAAAGUUCUUUGCAAUUGGCAACGACAAGCUUCAGUAGUCGCCAAGACGAGCACGAGAACGCGUCGGUUUGCGUCGCAUCGAGGGGCACAUAAGGCAUUGGAAAUGUGGCAUAUCGACGUCGAUGAAAAAAGAAACCUCCAGAAGUGGGUGCAGCGCGGUUGUUUCUACAUUAGUGUCACGCAUGCACUCAAGACAUGGCGAUCUAGAUCAGCUUGGAGGUCAGGGACUCGAAAGUCCUAUGCCCGAUGCAGACAGCACGUCAAAGCUACCUUCACCAAAGGUUAUCUUGAUUUGUGGAAGACAGCUACUCGUGCUCACGUGAACUUGGGCUGGAAAACGGAUCAGCACCACAUUGUAGUGGAACAUGGUCGUCUCAUUCAUAUGCUGAAAUUGUGGCGAGAAGAGAGCAGUCGCGACGGGGGGACGAGUAAGCUUUUGACUGCUGCAUGGGUGGACGAAUGGAAUGGAAUGUCCCAAGAUCUCGCCGUCAAAGAGGACCGCGUCAAACAGGCUUGGUCGGUGAACCUGAAGUCACGUUGGUGGAGUCAGUGGCAAUCAUCUUUGCUGCAAUUGAAAAGCCGAGAAUACGUGGCACUAGAUGUUAAGGAAAGGAACAGCAAGAAGGCUGUACGACGACUUCUGCUGCAUUGGAAGGGAGAAAGGAAUCUGAGCACAUCUUACCAGUCAGCAACACUGAGAGCUAGUCUCGGCAGCUCAAGAAGAGGAGCUGGCUUCGUGGCCAGUCGCACCUCACUGCCACUCUCGAGAGCAGUUCACGAACGGCACAGCGGACCAAGUUUUCGCGGUUCCAGGAUACAAGAAGUGGAGCCAACGGCUGACGACGAUGAUCACGACGGAACCGGGUCUGGACCAGAUACUGAUGGAGUUGUGGCGAAUACGCCGACCCGGUGGACGGGUAUGGCGUCUUCUGUGAGGCUUCCGUCCAUGACACCUUUUGCUCCCCUUCCAACGCCAUUUGAACGAGAGCUCCGAGAACGAUACAACCGAAGCGUGCCUACAGCUGCGACUGGCCAGAUGAGCAGCCUUUCCUUCGCACAGGCGCAAAGGCUCUCUGUGGCCGGGACACGGCGAGCAGCCAGGGAGAAUACAGCGGAUAUUGGCAGAGGUGGUUGA